AUGGAAGCAACACCACAUCACAAUGAUAUUGACAUCCUGCAACCUGUCAGUACAGACAAUGAUGCAACUGAAGAACAUCCCCUUCUCAGACAAUUUGCUGAAAUUGUGUGUGACCACCCAGACAGUAGACAUAACAACAUAUCUUUGGAUUCAACACCAGGACUGGAUGUCGCCCAUUGUUUGCUGUCCAAUUCCCCCAGUGAUAGUUGUACUGAUAAUUUUGGUACUGUGACAAAUAUUGCAUCUUCUGUGUCUCCUCCACAUUCUCAUCUGCCAUCUAUCAGUUGUGUACCCACAUAUAUAUUGCCAUAUUAUUACAUCAGAGAAGGGGUUGAAAGAUGUUCUCUCCCAAUUGGUUGGGUUUACCUUGCUGAUGAUGAGUGUUUACAGUUAUCGUACAUUGUGAAGAAUGCGACAAGACAACCUGAAAUUACAAAGAACAUAUCCGUGUACAGAGAUUUAAACUGGUCUGUUGCAAUUCAUGGAGAAGAUUGUGGGAAGCGAAAUAUAUUUUCACAUGUACCACAGGUCAUUACUGGGCUGUCAGCAGUCUUGGAUCUUCUGAACACAGUCAAUUCAGCAACUGUGUGCAUUGGUAAUCCUGACAGUAAAUUCCACCCAUUGGCAGAUUCAAGACAUGGUAUUUUCAAAAGUUAUGGAAGAAAUGGCAAGAUUGUUGGAAAACAGCAACAUGUAACAAUACAAAACAAAGCAGGGACAAUGUUUCAUUCCACCAUUAAAGCAGCAGACUGUCAAUUAAUAUUGGAAGGUAACAAAGAAAGAUGUGACUCUUGCUGCAAAUUCCGAAACACUCUGUAUGCUAUGCAUUGCAAUGACAGUAAAAAUACAUGUGAGCAAAACAAGUCGGUCAAACCAGGUAAAACUGAACAUUUUAGUCAUGUACCACUUUCACAACUAUCCCACAAUGAAUUAUAUGAAAGAACUAAAAAUAUCAUCCAGGCGAAACGAAGAGUUGAGAAAUCUGGUGAAGCUUUCAAGAACCUGGCUGAAAAUUAUGAAAGUACCAUAAAGGAGGAAUUUGCAGAAGGAACAUUUCAGAGACUGUUUUGGGAGCAGCAAGUAAAAGCCCUAAACUGCCCUGAUUCUCGUGGUAUGAGAUGGCAUCCUAUGUUUAUAAAGUGGUGUCUGAACAUAAAACUUCGAUCAUCUGCUGCAUAUCGCACAUUAAAGGAGUCUGGUGUUAUUCAUCUACCUAACGAACGUACACUGCUUGAUUAUACUCACUGGACAAACAGUGGCAGUGGUUUUUCAGCAGAUGUAAUGGAGCAGUUAUAUAGGGAAUGCAGCUUUGAAGAACUGGCUGAGCAUCAGAAGUAUGUUGUUCUAGUGCAUGAUGAGCUAAAGAUACAAGCUGAUCUUGUGUUUGAAAAAAGCUCAGGGAAACUUGUCGGUUUUGUUGACAUUAAUAAUUUCAACAAUUCCCUUGCUAUGUAUGAGAAGAACCUAGAUGAUGGACCUGUGAAGCCUGAUAUAGCAACUUACAUGUUGGUGUUUAUGGUGCGUGGUGUUUGUCUGCACCUCAAUUACCCGCUAGCCCAUUUCCCAACCACAUCUAUAACUUCUGAUUUCCUAUUUCCACUUGUCUGGGAAGCUAUAGAAGUAUUGGAGAUGUACGAUUUCAAAGUUAUGGUAUCAACAUCUGAUGGUGCUUCUCCAAAUAGAAGAUUUUAUAAAAUCCACCAGUCAGAAGACCCAGAAGAGCUGAUAACGUACAGAACACCAAACCACUAUGCAGAUGAUGGGCGGUUCCUGUACUUCAUGUCAGAUGUCCCACAUCUCAUCAAGACAACAAGAAACUGCUGGGCCAACUCUGUGUCCCACAACAACAAGAGAUUGUUAUGGAAUGGAGAUCAUAUUGUGUGGAAGACACUGGAGGACCUAUAUAGGGCUGAUUUGGAGAGGGGAGGUUUAUUUCUCUGCCACAAAUUAAAAUACGAACACAUUCAUUUGACUUCAUUUUCACGAAUGAAGGUGAAAUAUGCAGCACAGGUUUUGAGUUCCACUGUGGCAAAUGCUGUGUCACUUUUUGGACAAAAAGGUCCACAUAUAGCCCCUACUGUUGAAUUUAUUCGAAAUUUUGAUAAAUUCUUCGACUGCCUGAAUGUUAGAAGCAUGAUCGAAGGUGUGAGGAAAAGAAAACCAAACCUGAUGCCUUACAGAUCUCCUGAUGAUCCUAGAUUACAGCUCUGUUUUCAGUUCUUGGAUAAAGAUCAGAAUAAUGUGAGACAUAUCUGUACUGCUUCAUUAAUAGUUUUAAUAAUAUACUUAAGUGUAACCAUAUACCCUCUAAAAGAGGGAUAG